AUGCAUCCGACUAAACCCCACUCCUUAUGUCUAUCACUUGCGUCCUUCCCCCCUCCACAUCGCGGUCCUCUAGACCAUUUCCACCGUCGAAUUCGCUUAGCCACGCGCGCCUCCACCUGGGGGUGCCCGGCAGGUUUCCCACCUGAGGAGGUGGUGGUGAAAGGGUUUCGAGGGGGGGGGAGAGGAGACGGGAGAGGCCCCUUCCAUACCGGAGGUGGGUGUGAAGUCCAAAAGUUCACGCGUGUUCAAAAACAGCAGCACCUGCCUACAAAAGCGGGGCUAAUUUGGCUGGUGGCUGUUGAUACGGGCACAAUUAGCUCUCCUGCCCUGGUUGAACGCGUGCGCGUUCUGCUGCGGAAGAUGGGCUCCAUCUCCACCACCACCACCGUCACCGACACUGAUGUCCAGACAAACUUUAUUUCCGUCAGUACUCGUCGUCAUAAGGAAUCUGAAGAAAGUACGAAGAUGAACCCUUUAGUCACCCAACAGGUGGAAGCGGCCUUCUUCGUUGUCAAACGUGUCACCUGCCCCACCAACCGUCUGAAACCCGCUUUUCUUGACACGGCACCAACUUCUUACCUGGGUUCGACAUCAAAGUUUCGGCAUGUUACAAUCCUGCCACUACCACCCACCCCCUUGCGGUGGGAGGAAAGUGGUUGA